CAAAAUAAUUCGCAUUGCACCGGCCCGCAUGGUGCGGUUGAUCCCUCCCAGCGCGCUUUGAUUGCGCGCUUUGAUUGCCUCCUGCGAACACUUCCUUUCUAUUUCAGCUAUGCCCAUGGGCCCUGGUGGAGCACGUUUUAAAAGGGAGUCCCUCUGUCUGGUGGUGCAGCAGGUGGUGCAGCUGCGUCAGGCGUGCUGCAGGUGUCCGACGUGAGUAUGUCGGAUCCAGAUCCGAAGGGAGCCAUCCAAUGAGCCCCUCUUAGCAUAGGCCUGCUGCAGGGCCGGCUGUUGCAGCAUCAAUGGCGGCCCCAAAUAGCAGCCCCCGGAGGAGUUCUGUGGCGGGGGCCAGCAAUCCUGGGAUCAGAGGCGCCUCGGAGCUGCCCGGUCCUACUCCCAGUCGCUUCUUUCCUGGCAGCAAAACUUUGAAGUCUCGUCUCGAGGGGGACCAUAUUAGCAGCAGGAUGGGCUGGGUCCUCAGUCAGAGGGUGCUCCUCAUUGCCCUGGCAUUGACCGUCACCUCCUACUUCGGCCUCUACAUGUUGGCGGGGAGGUCGGGCCUCUCGUUGAACUCCAACUGCAAGUAUCCAGACGUCCAGGAGCUGCGGCAGAGCCAUCGCCAGCAUGCGUCCCUCUACGCGUGCCUCCAGGAGACAUGGUCCCUAGAGGGGAUGAACGCCACGGUCAAGGCGCUCGUGAGCAGCACUGCCGGCCUCGACUCCAUCUGCCUUGACGUCAUCACCGGUCAGCAAGAAGCGUCCCUCCCUAAGCACCGCCUCAUCCGCUUUCUGAGGGAUGCAAAGGGGUUAGCGGGAACCGGGGGUUUCACGCGCCGGCCGCUCUAUAUCCGUACAGACGUUCCGGGGCUUGUCUGCAGAAUCGCGUCGGUGGAGUUUGGCUCGGUUGAGAUGUGCUUCAAGGCAGGGGAGCCGAUGCACGAGCAAGCGUAUCGAGACGUCCCGUGCCACGUGCACGUUUCCAUCUCCGGGAUGAUGUUCUCACAGGAGAACUCACUGCACAGCGGGCUCUCAUCGGCGAACGGUUCCCAGGGGUUGGUGAUUCCUGGGGCGCUGGAGAAGGGGCUCACAAAGGACGGAUUGCGGCCGGACCAUCUCCGGCCGAUUGCGUACGUGUGUGUGUCCAUCACGAUUGGUGAUGACUCCGACAUGCCGAGCGAGCAGGCAUUGCCGUACGGGAAGAUCCUGAGGCUGUUUCGGCGGGCGAGGGAGAUAGUGGCGGCCAACCCAUCUUCAGCCGAGCGGCGCAUCCACAUCGGCGUCGACUACCCGACCAUCCCGUGCAACAUUGCCCGCGAUGAGAUGGAGAAGCCCGAGUUCACGUGCGAGACGUACCACUCCGGCGGGAAGCACAAGGACCCGAUCCUGUGCGACAUUCUCGUCGUCGGCGCCAGCUCCAAGUACGUGCGGCAAGACCCCGCUUUUAUUCAAGGGAAGCACCGGUGGCCCUGGAUAGGGCGCCCGCUCGAGUGGGUGGACCUGGACAAGGACGAGAUUGUGGUCCCGGUCGUGCCGAACCCGCGGCGGACGCUGCUGACGUCGGUCUCGGACGACCACUUUGAGGCGGUGUUCAGGUUCGUCCGGUCUGUCGACUUUUUCUGCCCGCCUGACAUCUGCAACUGGGACCUGAUUGUUUACGACAUGUAUCUGAAGCCCGAGUAUCGGGAAAAGCUGGACUGCCUAGCCAGCCAGAUGAAGAGGGUUAAGGUAGAGAUGCGCACGUGGGACUUUUCCAAGUAUCCUGCGUGGAUGGACCUCCGCAACGCCAUUGGGGAGUAUGCGUGGAAGGCCAUAAUGGUCAAGGAGGUUUUGGACGUCACGGGCAACGCGUUGUGGAUGGACGGGGGCAACCGAAUCACGUCGGUGGAUGGCCUGCUAACCGUGUUUGACAAGUACGAAAACAAGCUGGGGGGCUUCUAUUGCCCGGGGCACUCGGGGGGAGUGGUCAAGGACUGGACGCACCCAGACGAGAUCAAGUAUCUUCGGAUGGGCGACCAUCUAGAGGACCUCAACUGCAACGCGGCAGUUAUUGGAUUUACGCUGCAAACGUACAAGACGAUCUUCUGGGACUGGUACGAGUGUUCGAUCAUUCGACAAUGUAUCGCGCCAGAGGGGAGCUCGCGGCAAAACCACCGGCAGGACCAGGCGGCCUUGACGCUCAUAGCUGCAAAAUGGGGGAACCCAUGCUUAGACGCGACAGAGGUCCCCAUCCAUUGGGACUCGACCGAGUAUAACGAGAAUGUGACCGCCACAACGUGUUAGGAAAGAUCCGAGCAGGGUCGAGCAUGGCGGAAUAGGUUCGUCAAGUCGAGUCAGAAAGGGCACAGGCUGGCGGCAACAAGAGCUUUUUGUGAACCCAGAUUGUGUACCGAGUCGCGCCGCAUGUAUCAUAGUCCCGUGCAGGGGGAAGAGAAGUAGUGUCGCCGCAAACAUCAGUUUCAACCGACCAUUUGAACGCGCAUCCGCUCCAGUAAGUGAAUCAUGCAAUCAGUGGUUGAAGCCAACUUGUUAGCGGGCCAAGCGUGGAAAUGGUUGCGUGGAAUAGGAGUGCAUGUGGCCUGCUUACUCUCACCAUGAUUGGCGCACAAAUUUCGCAUGUCAAGGAACCACUAGAAGCAUUCGGGUCCUCUAGGAACGAUUAAGAUCCGCUCAAAAAAACGGUACACUUCCACCAUUGAAACCGGCAUUCCUG